ACAAACGCAUCUUGCAUUGAGAGUGCUCUUGGUUUCAACCCUGCGUGUCUAGAUAUGAUCCAAUUAUGCUGAAAACGGUCAGAGAAAUCUAAGUGACAGCUCGCAUCAGUGGAACGACUCUGACAAAUAGCUAAAACGGAUACAACAAAUAGCGCGUUUGUGAGAAGUGGUUAUCCAUUUAAUACGGCUUACACUUUUGACCACGUCGGCAGUGCACUGAAAGCAGACAGUGGUGAAAGACGAUUUAGUAGGCUAUUAAAAUACAUCAGUUCUUUUGAUUUGAUUUUUUUCAAAAGAAUAUCGUCAAUAUGAGGGAAAUAUUAAUACGUUAUUAAAUUCCUUUCAGUCCAAAGAGAUAAACCAACUGGACAGGAGCCGCGAGUGUGGGCUUGCUGGAGAGAAAAAAGAGAGUGAGAAAGGAGCGAGAGACUGGAGGGGUAGAUGAUGCGUUAUGGUUAAUGUAACAUUUGUCGUCAAUCUGGAGUUCAGACGUGACAAUGGACAGAUAAUGGAAGCAGCGACUACAGGACUUCGACAGUCAAUGCUUUUCUGGUAGCCUUUUGCUUUUGAUAAUGCAUUGUGUGAAGAAGAGCGGCAAAGGAAAUAACAUCGCGUGGGUUUUGGAUACAGGCACAACCACAACUCCAAAGGCAACCGAAAUUAUGUAAUUAAUGGAGAUGUUCUAUUGCUCGAAGUCUAAUUUAAUCUCAAACUGAAAUAAUUGCAUCAAACAUUUUAAUAUAGGGGAAAGUCGAGACAGUGGGCUCCGCGCGUGCGGCUCAGCCUAUGUAGUCCCAGAUGCACGACUGUAGUCUGUGUUACUUUUUAUGGCUACAGCUGGAGACCGAACGGUUACGAGCGAGCUUUAACAGACAUGUGCGGUCGGGAGCAGCAAUAAUAUCCCUCAUCGCACAGGAGCCAGCGGUCUGUGAUUCUGCAAUAAGGAGCUGAUAAAAGCAAUACAUUGUUCUGUAACUAAAGUGAUCCAGUGCGCAAUGGGCGACAAGGCGUCAAACUUCAGGGGAAGCACCGGCGAGGGGCUAUCGUCACCUACCAGACGGAUACUUUAACGAUUGGCGAAGCUCUCAGCAAAAAACAAGGGAAGCGUUUUACAUUUAGAAGAGAGAUUAACUUUUGGUUGGGAAUUUAAUUGGAUAAACGGUAGGAAAAAGAAAGACACUUUCUGGGUGAAAUUAGUCACAUUCUCUCUGACAGUACCACUGUGAUAAUGGUCGAAAGAUUUAAACGUUAUUAUUUAGAAUAUUACAUAUAACAUCGGACUGCACUUGACUUGGUCACUUUUGUCUACACAAUUACACAGGGUAGGCUACGAUUAAGUGACAAUGAUGGACAUUAAUAGGUUAGUAAUUUGAAGUGAAAGAAUACAUAGCCAUAUUAUUAUUUGUGUCAAUAAGUUGAGAUAUAAAAGGGAUAUUUUAAUUUGCACUAUGAUGGAAGUACCACCACCAUGCUCGAAAAAGAGCCUUUCUCUCUCGCUCCCCGUUCCCCGGGAGCAGGCGACCCUGAAGCCUCCGCAACAUCUUUGGAGGCAGCCACGGACCCCCAUCAAAAUCAAACACCGGGGAUACUCCGACACCGACCGCCAUCACCACCGAGGGAUAGAGCGCUCUAAUGCCAUGGACACGAGCGACAGACCUGGGCUUAGGAAGUGUCGGAUGUCCUGGCCAUCCUCGUUCCAAGGAACCACAAACCCCUCCAUCGGCAAUUGUGUUGGAAAUAAACGUUUUGACUCAGAGAAUGGUCCUUCGCCCGGCCGCAGCCCCAUGGAUUCGCAGGCGAGUCCUGUGCUGGGGCUGCACCCCUCCUUUACCACAGAGGGGUGCAGGAGUCGCGGGGAGCGCAGGGAGUCCUUCCUGUACCGAUCAGACUCUGACUAUGACAUGUCCCCCAAGAACAUGUCACGCAACUCCUCCAUCAACAGUGAGGGGCAUGCAGAAGAUCUCAUAGUCACCCCUUUUGCUCAGGUGUUGGCCAGUCUACGAACUGUAAGAAGCAACUUCACCAUCCUCGCCAAUGUCACGACACCCACUAACAAGAGGUCACCAGUGACAAGCCAACCCACUGUUCCCCAGGCAACACUCUCUGAUGAGACGUACCAGCAGAUGGCAAGGGAGACUCUGGCUGAGUUAGACUGGUGUCUGGACCAGCUGGAGACCAUCCAGACCCACCGCAGCGUCGGUGACAUGGCCUCCAACAAGUUUAAGAGGAUGUUGAACCGGGAGCUAUCUCACCUGUCAGAGAUGAGUCGUUCAGGGAACCAGGUGUCUGAAUACAUCUCCACUACCUUCCUGGAUAAGCAGAAUGAGGUAGAGAUCCCGUCUCCGACCCUGCGGGAGCGGGAGCGGGACAAGCCCAUGUGUCAUAUCAGUGGAGUGAAGAAGCUGACACACAGCUCCAGCCUGUCCAUCAACACCACCAUGCCCCGCUUCGGAGUCAAGACGGAACAGGAGGACGCACUGGCCAGGGAGCUGGAUGACUUGAAUAAGUGGGGCCUUAAUAUCUUUCGUCUGGCUGAGUUCUCCAAUAAUAGGCCUCUCAGCUGUAUCAUGUUUGCCAUCUUCCAGGAGAGGGAUCUGUUGAAGACGUUUCGAAUCCCUGUCGACACGUUUGUGACCUACGUUAUGACCCUGGAGGACCACUACCAUGCCAACGUGGCCUACCACAACAGCCUCCACGCCGCUGACGUCACACAGUCCACCCACGUCCUGCUGUCCACACCGGCUCUGGACGCUGUGUUCACUGAUCUGGAGAUCCUGGCUGCGUUAUUUGCUGCUGCCAUCCAUGAUGUGGAUCAUCCUGGCGUGUCCAACCAGUUCCUCAUCAACACCAACUCGGAGCUGGCUCUGAUGUACAACGAUGAGUCAGUCUUGGAGAACCACCACCUGGCCGUGGGCUUCAAGCUGCUCCACGAGGACAACUGUGACAUCUUCCAGAACCUCAGCAAGAGGCAGAGACAGAGCCUGCGCAAGCUCGUUAUCGAUAUGGUGUUGGCGACGGAUAUGUCCAAGCACAUGAGUUUGCUGGCUGAUCUGAAGACCAUGGUGGAGACGAAGAAGGUGACCAGUUCAGGAGUGCUCCUGCUCGACCACUACACUGACCGCAUCCAGGUGCUGAGGAACAUGGUGCACUGUGCGGACCUAAGUAACCCCACCAAGCCCCUGGUCGUGUACAGAGAGUGGACUGAGCGCAUCAUGGAGGAGUUCUUUAGACAGGGGGACAAGGAGAGGGAGAGAGGCAUGGAGAUUAGCCCCAUGUGUGACAAACACACUGCGUCUGUGGAGAAGAGUCAGGUGGGCUUCAUCGACUACAUCGUGCACCCUCUGUGGGAGACGUGGGGGGACCUGGUGCACCCUGACGCCCAGGACAUCCUGGACACUCUGGAGGACAACAGGGACUGGUACCAGAGCACCAUCCCCCAGAGCCCCAUCUCCCCACCCCCAAUCCCCCUCGGCCCAGACAAGAGGCUCAACGCCUGUAUCGACAAGUUCCAGUUCAAGCUCACCUUGGAUGACGACACAGAGGGAGGACAGGAGGAGGAGGAGGAGGAGGAGGAGGAGGAGGAGGAGGAGGAGGAGGAGGAGGAGGAGGAGGAGGAGGAGGAGGAGGAGGAGGAGGAGGAGGAGGGGAAAACCACCCCCAAUCACAUGGUGCUGGACUGCAGUCAUGGAGAGGAGGAAGACAAGAAAGAAGAGGAGGAAGGAGAGGACGUGUUAAAGGAUGAAAGGGAAGGAGACAUCAUCGAGGAGGAAGGGGAAGUAGGGAUGGAGGAGGAGGUGGAGAAGAGGGGAGUUAUUCAGCAAGCUCAGUCAGGAGUGGAGAUACACUCUGACACAAGCCCCGUGGAGGACGGCGAGGAGGAAGACUCCUCCUCACCAGCUGAUGACACAUGAGUCCCGCUCCUCUCUCCCUGGCCACACCCCACAUGCACACACCACGCCCCUGUUGUCCAUCCUUUAUUUCCAAUGGCCAAAACCCAAGAUCAAAUAAGACUACAUAAACAAUAGACCUUUAAAUCUAUUUUUCAAAAAGGGAACACAAAUAAUAUUGCUUAAAGAAAAGCUAUUUACACAGCAACUGUAGAUUUGAAGUGGGAGCUGGAGGUGUUUCAUAGCUGAUGCUAUGAGGAACAGCUAUGAGGACAAAGAGGAACAUAGAGAAGCAUUAAUAAUGGGCCAUUGAAGACAGUGUAGCACUGGAACUGAAACACACACAUAAACAUGCACAAACUCACCUCCACACACAAACACACCUCACUCACACACUUUGAUUCAUGGGGGAAAAAAACUCUGAAGUCUGCACACGAGAAUGUGUGUGUUUGUGUGUUUGCGCGUGCCUAUGUGUGCGUGUGUGUUUAGAGGACUCUGAUUGGUAACGAAUCUCUUUGGAAAAAGCCAUCUCUAUAUGGAGUAUUAACUAGUGUCAGUCAGUAUUACUAGUUCAUGUUUGUUAGAAUUCAACAAGAACUCUGUUUUUUUCUGAGUGACUUAUUUUCCAUUUCUGUCGGAAAGAAAACUACAGAUAUCUAUCUAUAGAGGAGGAGUGGCGAGAGAAAAGAAGAGAGGAUUACGUUUAAUAAAGAAAGGAAGAUGCUGUGAUGAGGGGACCUGAGGGUCCCGCCUCCAUUUUCCCAUUUUCCCUUUAUGAAGAAGUGCUACCGGUGCAAGAUGGCUGUGUGCCUUUCUGGAAACACCAGCUCCUGAAACACGAAGCUGUCGUGAAGCAAUGCAUCGUGGGACAGGAGUGUCUGCUUUUGUCUUAAUUUUUGAUUGUCUCUUGUUCAAAGAUCUAUUAUAACUGUUCAUGAUUUAGUGUGUGUGUGUGUGUGUGUGUGUGUGUGUGUGUGUGUGUGUGUGUGUGUGUGUGUGUGUGUGUGUGUGUGUGUGUGUGUGUGUGUGUGUGUGUGUGUGUGUGUGUGUGUGCGUGCGUGCGUGCGUGCGUGCGUGUGUGUGUGCGUGUGUCACAUGAUCAGUCCGUGUCUGUGGUGACAGGUUUUCAGCUGUAAGUCUUCCUUUGUUGCUUUUCAAGUUGAUGAGACGUUUCAGAACUCGUAGAUAAGGAGCAGUCACUACCACUACACUACCACACCUGCUGCUUGUGGACUCUCCAGUUUUUACAUAUGAAAAUUAUUUGACUUUUUUUACUUUCUGAGGAUAAGCCAUGAGAUACUUUAGAGUAUAUGUUCUGCCUGUUUUCUAUUUAUUAUUGUUUGUUGCUAAAUAGGUUAAAAGGAUUAGGAUAAUAUCAUCAGCAGCACAAAUUCACAUUCCAUCUCUUACCCACUCACACUGUAUUUAUUCACCAGUCUCUUCUCGCUUACUGCAUCAGUUGUCACCAAAGCAACAGAUUGGAAACUGAUGAGGGGAGAGAUGCUUUGACGGGGCAGACUGAGAGGAUUUUGUCAGGGUGAUUUCAGGAUUGGAGGGAAUCGAAAACAACGAGCUUGGCCAGAAAGGAGGCUGUUCAGACAGUCACACACAGCCAUUCUUGUUACGUUUUAAGCUUUUCUGCCUUAAUGUCAAAUGCAGGAUACAUACCUGCCACUAUGUAGAUUUAUAAGAUAGAUUCAAAAUAUCCUAGUAUAUUUAUACCAUGUCUGUAUGCCUCUAUCUGUGAGUGUCUGUGUGUCUAUACACAAUGUACCCAGCAUCAGCAUAUGGACAGGAACAUUUUAUGGGCAAUAUUAAGAAUGUGUUGUGUCAGUUACGAGGGCACAAUAAAUAGGCCAAUUUAGCUCCAGGGAAUGCAGGUCAAAUGAGUGGUAAACAUUAACUGUUGCAGACCGGAUGUCGAGUAAGUAUAUUUUCUCACAAUACUUUUUCUGGUUGAAAAUAACGAGAGAGAGAGAGAGACUGAGAGAGAGACUGAGAGAGAGAGAGACUGAGAGAGAGAAACUGAGAGAGAGACUGAGAGAGAGAGAGAGAGAGAGAGAGAGAGAGAGAGAGAGAGAGAGAGAGAGAGAGAGAGAGAGAGAGAGACCUUUCUCUUGUCAUGUGUUGUGUGUCAUCACUCACUAGAAUCACCAUCCUGGCUGUAUGAGGUCAUAGUCACAGGAUUGAUCAGCACACAGCUUGAAUAGGUCUCAGUUUGACUUGGAGUUGUUCACAGGGUAAAAAACAACAACAUAAGUAUAGCUGGUUUCUGCUGGUCGGUAACGUAGCUCGUCUAAAGAACAGCCUGUGCCUGAUGGAACAGAGGCCUGAGAUCCGUCCAGUCCAGCUCUGUGAUUGGCUGGAGCAGCAUUGCGGUGUCACCGCACAGGCCUUUAAUUGUUGGAAUGGGAAUCCAAGUUACUGUCUCAGUACCUGGAGAAGGAGAUUCCCAUGAAGCUUCCCCCUGUCUUUGAAGAUAUACGGCUUUGUUUAUCUGGCUUUUUGUUUGGUCAUGAGCUAUAAAAACAAAUAAAUAUUUGAUUGCCAUUUUAACACAAUACUGUAGCGAUCAUUUCUUAUUAAGAAAUUAUUCUGUUGAUGAAUUGCUGCCAUUCUUUUUAAAUAUUGAAAAGAAAACCAUGGAAAAUACCACAAGUGUUUUCUUUGAACAGUUUGUGUACAGUUUUUAUUUUUGUAUCAUUCUGGUGGAUGGUGUAGAAACUAUAAUGACAUAUUGAUAAUAUAACUAUUAGCAUUAUCACAGCUUGUUUUGUAUAUUUUGUAAUGUUGGAUUGUAAAUUAGAAAUGUAUUCAGGUCAUUAUCAUUUAUAAUUAACCAUGUUUAGUUUUAAGAAAAUAACUAAAUCAGUAAAACACUACUGGCCACACCAUCACGCUUUCCUUCUCUUUUUCUGUCCUCAUCUUUCCUCUGUCUUUCUCUUUUGUGCUAUCAUUUUUCUCACACAGAGAAAUGUGUAAAUUUCAUUAUUUGAUUAAUUAGAUGGAUUGGAUGAAUCAGGAUUAGAUUAAUCAUCAGAAAAAGUAAAAUGUUUUGUACCAGAACUUUAUUUUAAGGGAGGUUGUAGGGUAGACAAUGUGGUUUUAAAGUAAUAUGUGGGUACAGUAUGUGUUUGUUGGAGGAUUUGGUAGUUAUGUCUCUCACUGGUUCCGUUGGACCUAGUUUCAAGCCUUAGUUUUUUUCUAUUGUGCUAUUCCAUGUUUGCCCAUUCCAUAUUGCUCAGGUCAUAAUCAAUGAAAACUAUUCAUUAUCAAUAUGCCAUGUAGGAGUGAUUGUGAGUAAUUGACAGAUGUGUAUGGGUGAAGCGAGAGGUAAAAAACAAGAGGGUUCUGAGAGAGACAUUGCGUAGCCAUUUUGAAAUGAGCACCUCCACUUCUUGUUCACUUUUGUCAUAUUAGACUCCAUCCGAGAACAAUUAUCUGGGCUUUAAAUCAUGUGUUACUUGUUCACAAGUUAGGAAAAUUAUAUAAAUGGAAAAAACACCAUGAAAUGAUUGUAAUAUUUGUAAAUUAUAUUGCUGUAAUGUGUAAAAUGUGUCCAAGUUAUUUUUUAUUAUAUUAUUUUUAUGAAAGGUUUUCUUCUGAGAGAGCUGAGGUGUUAUUUUGUGAAUAAAAUGCAUUUAAUAAGCAAACAGCUAUAUAAUACAAUUAUAUAUCAGUAUAUUUUUAUUUUAUUUCACUGUUCGGUACUGUAAAGUGUGUUAAAAUUACAAAUAAAGGAAGAUUUUUUAUAAUAUAAGCAAAGAGAAA